UUUCUAUUAUAGUUUGAUGUUGCUCUUGAGGACAUAUUCUUCAUGUGUCCUCCUGAGAAUGCUGAAGAAAGAGCUGCUAGAAGAAGUGGAGAAGGAGAUCAAAGUGACCAAUACAUCAAUCUCUUCACUGUGGGACCAAUCACGGAAGAAUCUAGAAAAGUUACUGUUAAUCUGUUGUUAGAAAGGUUCAAUACUGCAUCUGACAUUGCUAAGAAGUGUCUUAUGCUGGCAGUUAGGCCUCUACUGAUCAAUGGGGUAGAUGUGAGGAGUCAGUUUCUACGUUACAUACCACCAAAAGAUCUUUUUGAGCCAAUAGAAGAUGAAGAGGGUCCCAUUGCAGAAGAGCAGCAAUCAUCCAUUAGAACUAUCCUUGAUUUAAGGAAAGCAAUAGGAGAGGCUUCUUUUAUUAAAGUCGGUGACGAUGAAGGACUAACUUGUUAUUGUGGGGACAUUGAGUGUGUCAUAGAAAUGAAACUAUACAGAUACACUAGAGCAAAUUGAUCUUGAAUAUGUAUCCAACUAUCCAUCAUUAAUUUUAGUGAUUAUCUCCAUCAUAACUCACAGACUGUUUCUUAUGUAGAUGAAUGCUGGUUUUAAACAAAGUACACACAU